AUGGGGAAGAUGAGUUCUGAGUCUUUGGAGUCUUUGGAUAGCCAAGGGGGAAUGGCCCAUGGAACGGCCCUCGUCAGGUCCUUAAAGAAAAAGUGGAUCCAAAUUGUUCAAUCGACUGGAGAAGGGUGCCUUCCAGCCAUUGAGGCCCUCUUUUUGCAGCAGCCCAAUAACCGUUCAGCAAUUGGCUCUCGUACAGUCCUCUUACAGAGUCCCCAAGGGGGCUGGCAUGCGUGA